AGAAUAAAUUUAGGAAAAAAAUAAAAAUCAAAAGAAGUGCUUUCCUUGGUUUCCAACUACUUCUAGUUCAUCUUCCGCAUCUGCCGGCCCAAAUUUAUGAACAACAUGAUAUUCAAUAACCCGAAUUGCCGGAGGCCCAAGGCCCCAAGCCAAGCUGCCUUUCUGCAGAGUCGAGUCAACGGUGAGGUCAGGCUUAGCCCCAGGGAGCGAUACAUAGAAGCAUGUUGGUGGGGAAGAUUAGGGGGAGCUCGGAUGAAGGCCAGGGACAGGCUCUCAACGGGUCUUUUCGACUGUCAUGGAGACCAGGAGUCCUGGUCUCUGCCUCAUCUCUCUCCUUACAUCCUGUUUCCUCAUCCCUUAUUGCUCCGCUUCUGCUCUUCCUUCUUCAUCUCUCAUCGGAAUCCACCCAUUAGAUGAGAAGUACUUUGCUUCCACGGUGAUCAAAUGCAAGGAUGGGUCGAAAUCAUUCACCCGGGACCGUGUUAACGACAAUUUCUGUGAUUGUCCUGAUGGCACCGACGAGCCUGGAACCUCAGCCUGUCCCGCAGGUAAAUUCUAUUGUAGGAAUGUGGGAAGCACGCCACGGUUUUUGUUUUCUUCACGUGUAAAUGAUCAUAUAUGUGAAUGGAGUGAAUUUGGAAGACCUGAUUCAGAAAGUCAAAGGGUUGAAGAUGGUGAUAAUACUACAGGCAGUUCUCAUCAGUUGUGUGGUAGCUUUUCGGCUAUUCCGUCGGCAUGCCAGGUCGAGAAGACGAUAUCGGAACGGAAGGAAUUCAGCUUAAGCUUGUUAUUCGGAUGUUUUGAUCAAUGGUCUUUGGAGGCCUUCGUUUGCAAUUGGGCAAGGAACUGUGCAAUGUUCCAAGAAACCAGCUGAUGCAAAUUAGAUGCUGAAAGAUUUGAAUUUACCCAAACCUUUAAUUCUGUUAGAACAUUUGUACUCGAGACUUGUUUUAGUUUGCAUGGUAGAAUGCCUUCCCGUUCUCUUUCUUUUUCUUUCAAGUAAAACAUUUCCCGAGCCAAUCCAAUGGUUAGCUCGACGUCACGUUGGAAGAUGGUUUCUCAUGCAUCUCCCAAUAGAACUAUUCGUGGUGUCAGGGAAUAGAAAGCAGUUGUCACUGUGGCUUGUAAAUA